AUGGAAAAGAGCAUUGCAUUUGAACAAUGCAAAAGGAGACGUAUAUUGAAUGUGGUUGAAAUGAGUGAGGGACGAGCCUAUACAGAGGUGAUCUUCCUAGGACGAUUAGCUCAUCCAAAUAUCAUUCGUCUCUUAGGAUACUGCAGUGAUGAACAAGAAUCAUUGCUUGUUUACGAGUACAUGCAGAACAGAAGUUUUGAUCGCUUAUUAUUCACAAAUGCAACAUCACUUUCAUGGUUAACACGCCUUAUGAUAAUGAUAGGAGUUGCCCGUGGGCUUGCUUAUUUGCAUUCAUCAACACCUCAAGUCAUAUUGCGUGGUUUUAAAACCUCUGAUAUAAUGCUAGAUCAAGAUUUUAAUGCAAAACUGGGGGAUUUUGGGUUAGCAAGACGUGGUCCUGAAAUCGGGGAAACACAUGUCAGUACAAGAGUUAUGGGAACCUAUGGCUAUGCAGCCCCUGAGUACAUCACGACUGGUCGUUUGAGUGCGAGGAGUGAUAUCUAUGGUUUUGGAGUGGUCUUGCUAGAAACUGUAACCGGUCUACGGGCAAUGGACCAGAAUCGGCCCAGUGAGCAUCAUAACUUGGUAGAAUGGAAAAGUCCAAUGCUAGCAAGAAGAAACAAGCUAAAGGGAAUUAUGGAUCCAUGUUUUGGACAGAAUUACCCCCUAGAAGCUGCUUCCAAAUACGCGAAACUCACAUUAAAAUGUCUCUCAAUGGAACCUAGGCUUAGACCUUCAAGUGAAGAAGUUUUGCAGAGUUUGGAACAAAUAUAUUCCAUUAACAAGUAA